AUGAAAUUGUCGUUGGCAUUUGCACUUUUGAGUGCUGCUUCAACCUCCUUGGCCGACCUGUCCUCCGACCUGUCCUUGCCCACCAUAGUUUCUACCAGUAUUUGUACCGUUGGAUGUUCUGCUUCUUCUGUUGAACUUGCUCCUUCCAGCUUUCACUUUACCAAUUCCACCAGAGCUGCUGCCGUGCCUACUGUGCCCACUUCGGUUGUUUCCGACUCAGUCUCGGACUCAGCUUUGGUUUCAGCUGCUCCAACCUUGGCUUCUUCGCUGACCAAGGUCAGAUCCACCAUUUACGCCUACGACACCUACACCGAUGAUGACAUCUUUGAAACCACCAAGACGGUUUGUGACGUCUACUCCAACUGCUAUGUGACCACCGAGCUCGAGUCGUCCACCACCAUAACCACCACCGUUGACGGAAUCUUGACGGUGAUCACCACGGCGGUUCCUGUUACUCCAACCGAGACCACAGCCGUCGAUGCUACGGGAACUACCGAAGCCGAAGCUACUGAAGCAACUGAAGCUACUAAAGCCACAGAAGCAACCACUCACACCAAAGCUGUCGCUGGUUCUGGUUCAGCGUCUGGUUCAGCUUCUGCUGUUUCCACCGAAACCGUCGCUUCCACCAUCCACGUUAUUCACACCGUUUGCCCUGCUGAGAAACCCUGCUACUUAACCUCCGAGCCCGAGACUUUGUCGACUUACACCACCACCAUCAACGACGUCGAGACUGUGGUCACCACCUACUGUCCUCUCACAGAGACUCCCGCUACCCAAACCAAGGCUCCAAAGUCUGAGACUACUUCAGCUAAAACUUCAGCUACUUCAGCCAAACCUGAAACAAAUUCCACUUUGACAGACUACCACACCACCUUGGUCACCAUCACUUCUUGCAACCAAAACAAGUGUUCCAAGGCUACCCACACCACUGGUGUCACUGUGGUCACAACCACCAUCGAUGACCAUGUCACAGCUUACACCACUUAUUGUCCAGUCAAACCAACCACCGCCACUCCAUUGACCACCAUUUCAACUGCUCCUCCAGCUCCAGUCACGGCUACCCCAGAGGAGUUCACCACAGUGAAUGUUAUCACCAAUAAUAUCGUCACCCAACUGCCCUCAGUCGGUAAGACAAGCACUUCCACUGCACCUCCAGUUCCAGCUGUUUCCUCUUACGAGGCAGCCGGAAACGUAGUCAAGGUGGGAUCCACGGUGUUGGGAUUGUUGUCGGUGAUUUACUUGGUGUUGUAG